AUGGUGCAUCUAGCUGAAGGCGAUUGUUUUAUUCCGUUGCUCUUGUUGUCGGCUACUUUUUGCAUAUGUCGUAGUUUCUGGUGUAUGAUCAAAGUGUAUGCUUGGUUCCUUUACAAGCCAAACAAGCCCAUUCCCACACCCGCAUACAAGCCUGCGCAGGAUGUUACGAUUCUCGUGUCAACCACAAGUACAAAAAUGAUCCAUAAACCAGUCGUUGAAUGCUGGUUGUCAUGCUAUGCAAAGCAAGUUAUUAUUGUCACAGAAGAAACGGUGGUGGAUGGGUCAUUCGAAACGAUAGCGAGCGACCAAAAACAACUACGAGUGAUCACAAUGCCUCAAGCUGACAUGCGGGAGCGGAUCCUAAAGGGUAUCAAUGCAGCGACAACGGACAUUAUUGUAUUCGCUGACCAAAAAACGACGUGGAAGCCAAGUGUUCUUGAUUGGAUCUUGGCGUGCUUUGAAGAUUUGAAGAUCGGUGCGAUUGAUAUCACGUCAACUUCAGCACACGAGAAUGGUGGCUCCCAAAACGUAUGGAAUGUAAUGGAACGUUUUCACGCUAGCGUAUGCAACAGUGAAGCUGCAGCAGCAACCUAUAUCGAUGGUGGCACAACGACCAUUUGGGAAAGCAUACCAGCUUAUCGUACGGUCAUUCUAAAAGAUCCUAGUUUCCAAGAAGCUUUUAAGAGUGAUGUAUGGCUUGGAAAACAAUUGCAAAAUUUUGAUGAUGCAAAACAACACAUUUGGCGAUGGAUGGUAUCGCAUGGAUGGAACACUCGUAGUCAAAUAUGCGAGGAGGACGCUUUGAUUUCACGCUCAUGCACCCACGAUCGUCGUUUCACCAAGUUGAUGCUGCAUUAUUCAAGAUCCGCAUUACGCUCAGACCUCCUGUCAUUAUUUGUCAUACGCCGCAUUUGGUGUCGACAUCCAUACACAGCACUCGUCAUGCUUAGUAGAAUGCUUGAUCCAUUUGUCCUGCUUUUCAUAUUUGCUAUCGUGAUUGCUUUCUUAGGUAGGCAAAUAGAACAACUUGGGUCAAUCGCUGCGUAUCCCGUACCUGCAUGGGCAAUUUUAGUGGCCUACGUCCUAUGGAUACUACUAUCAUGCGCCAUGGAAUUGCUCCCACAUUUCACGCGUCAACUAACGGAUGUUCUUUAUUUGCCCUUUUGGGUUCUUUUUACACAUUUCAUUGCUAUUCUCAAGCUUUAUUCAUUCUGCACUAUAUACGCUACGUCUUCGACGACGCGUGAAGAACGAUAUCGACAAGAUAAGCAAGAACGUGUUAUCCAUCAUUCACAAUCGCAGCAAAACGAUACUGCCUCGAGACCCUUUUACAUACCCCCAUACACUGAUCCUAGGGUAGACUAUUUUGUCCAUAAAUAA